GAGCGCCCGAAGGGGCGAGGCCCGGCUGCAGUGACCGCUCAGCACAGGAAGGAAGCCCCCGCCCGCUCAGCCUUGGCAGCCCGCGCCCUGAGCAUCUCCCGGGAGGAACGGAGACAAAGGAGGAUUCAUGUCCAAAGGGCUCCCAGAGACCAGGACGGACGCAGCCAUGUCGGAGCUGGUGCCCGAGCCCAGGCCUAAGCCGGCCGUGCCCAUGAAGCCCGUCAGCAUCAACACCAACCUGCUGGGCUACAUUGGCAUCGACACCAUCAUCGAACAGAUGCGGAAGAAGACCAUGAAGACCGGGUUCGACUUCAACAUCAUGGUCGUCGGUCAGAGUGGACUGGGCAAGUCAACGCUGGUCAACACGCUCUUCAAAUCGCAAGUGAGCCGCAAGGCCUCCAGCUGGAACCGCGAGGAGAAGAUCCCCAAGACCGUGGAGAUCAAGGCUAUUGGGCACGUGAUAGAGGAGGGAGGCGUCAAAAUGAAGCUGACCGUCAUCGACACGCCUGGCUUUGGAGACCAGAUCAACAAUGAAAACUGCUGGGAGCCCAUUGAGAAGUACAUCAACGAGCAGUACGAGAAGUUCCUGAAGGAGGAGGUGAACAUCGCCAGGAAGAAACGCAUCCCGGACACUCGUGUCCACUGCUGCCUCUACUUCAUCUCCCCGACGGGACACUCCCUGCGACCCCUUGACCUGGAGUUCAUGAAACACCUCAGCAAAGUGGUGAACAUCAUCCCCGUCAUAGCCAAGGCUGACACCAUGACGCUGGAGGAGAAGUCCGAAUUCAAGCAGAGGGUUCGAAAGGAGCUUGAAGUACAUGGCAUUGAGUUCUACCCACAGAAGGAAUUUGAUGAAGAUUUGGAGGACAAGACGGAGAAUGACAAAAUCCGGCAGGAGAGCAUGCCGUUUGCCGUGGUGGGAAGCGACAAGGAAUACCAAGUGAACGGCAAGCGGGUCCUCGGCAGGAAGACUCCCUGGGGGAUCAUCGAAGUGGAAAACCUCCACCACUGUGAGUUUGCCCUGCUUCGAGACUUUGUCAUCAGGACUCACCUCCAGGACCUCAAGGAAGUGACACACAACAUCCACUAUGAGACCUACAGGGCCAAGAGGCUCAAUGACAACGGAGGCCUCCCUCCGGGAGAAGGCCUCCUGGGCUCUGUCCUUCCACCCGUGCCAGCCACCCCCUGCCCCACUGCUGAAUGAAGGCCAUUUCAAGCGCUGCUUCUCCCUCCAUUCCUCUCAGCUGUUAUUGCUGCGGGGCCAUGACCUUUUAAGGGCUGUGUUUGUCCAGUCCACCUCCACAGCCCUUCUCUCUCCCUGGCCCUCAGCAGGUGGGAGGGGCCAGCUGCUUUAGGACAGUCGCCUUCUCCAUUUAUCCAAACACCCCUCUCCUCCCAGUGGAAUGGAGCCCUCGCCAGCACUGCCCUCCUCCAUCGUCUGUGUCAGCUGGUCCCAGCCCAUCUGUAGGGUGAAAGAACUCAUCAAGAGCUUCUUCUGCCCUUGCAAACCCAUACCAGCUACUUGUUACCAUCUCCAAGGGACAUGGCAUUGCUCCCUGUCCAUCUGCAUGAGCUACUCUUGGCUUCCUUAAAGGGUCAAGAAAGCCAUUUUUCUGCUUGUCAGAUUCAUUGAUGUCAGCUGUGUGAGCCCUGGUGUGGGACAAGGGUGUCUCCUUCAUUGCUUAAAACUUAUUUAUAAGGAUGGGUCACUACAGAUGUGGGGGAGUAAGGGCUAGGACCUCUCCUUUAAAAAGCACCACUUGUGGCUGGCCCAGAGUGUGGUUACACACCCUCCCCACCCCAUAAUCAGCCACUUAGGAAGAGUGGUUUUCCGAAGAGACAUUUCUGGGUUGACUCCCUUAUCCUCAACCUUAAAAAACAAAGGAACUAAACACAGACAAAAAAACUCCAGAUCCCCAGAAGAUGUGAACUCUAGGAAGAAAAAAAGCACCCAUCUGUCUACUUAGCAAUAAGAAGGAUCUCUUCCCACCCACAUUGACUAUUCCUACCCGCCCCCUCCCCAAUUAAUGUGAGUAAUGAAUCAGUCUGGCCACAGUUGGUCACUGUAGGCUAGUGGAAAAUACCCAAUGGAGGGCAAAGGCCCUUAUCAGAUGCAUGAAUGUUUGCGAAUGUCGGCUGCCACUGCCCCACACACUGUGUCUUUAUGGAAUCUCUCCCUGCCCACCCCUCCCCUUCUCCACCUGGACACAACUUGCUCAAAGGCUGGUGACUUGUGGGCCAUUCAUCUACAACCGAGUCCUGAUGGAGCAAGAGGCCCAAGCCUAGGGGAUGCAAGAACGACCCAUUUCUUAAAUGUGACUAGUCCCAGCCAACCUUUUGGUGACAUUAUGGUUAAAUUUCCCAACUGAAAACAAGCCAAUGACACUCAAACUGGUUGUGUAAAUGUUGCUAGACUUUAUGUGUUGUACAACUAAACAUUGCUGUUUGAACAA